ACUUGACAGCUGCUACUCUUGAUUGAGGCGUGAAAAUCGUCAGAUACACAGACCAGUGAAAAGCAAUGGAGGACAAGGCUCAGAUACAAGACGCCAUUAAGACCCAAGGCGAAGUGGUCCGGAAGCUGAAGUCGGAGAAGGCGACCAAAGAGCAGUGCUAGGGUUGCUUACCACUUUUCUCCUGUUCUUCCUGCCUGACUCUGGGUGACCCCUGCCUUCCUUGACCCUCAUCAUCACCACCAUCAUUAACAUCUGGGGAAUCCAACACUCCUGGACGUUACUGCACAACUCUACCUCUACUCACCAUUGGGUUUCGCUGCCUGGGCUGGACCUGGGAAAUACCAUUGAUUUUGAUGUACUCCUGAAUUUUUUCUUGUGCAAAACGUUUUUUUAAAUAUUCACCUUACUGUGGAAUGGACAUGCUGGGCAUGUUUUGUGUUCGUGCUUGCUCUGGUCUGGUGGCCUUUCGGACUGCAUCACAUGUCCGAUUUCUCCAUUCUUUUCCGGGGAUCACUGUGGCUCAGAUUGAUGAAGAGGUAGCCAAACUGCUGGAACUGAAGGCUCGGUUAGGAGGUGAUGAUGGAAAACAUCAGUUUGUCCUCAAGACAGCAAAGGGAACAAGGGACUACAACCCCAAGCAGAUGGCCAUCAGAGAGAAGGUCUUCAACACAAUCACCAGCUGCUUCAAACGUCACGGAGCAGAGACCAUCGACACACCUGUUUUUGAACUGAAGGAAACAUUGACAGGGAAAUAUGGAGAAGAUUCCAAGCUCAUCUACGACCUUAAAGACCAAGGAGGAGAGCUGCUGUCCCUCAGAUAUGACCUCACUGUGCCCUUUGCCCGCUACCUGGCAAUGAACAAGAUAACCAACAUCAAGCGCUACCACAUUGCUAAGGUCUAUCGCCGUGACAACCCAGCCAUGACCCGCGGACGCUACAGAGAGUUUUAUCAAUGUGAUUUUGACAUAGCAGGGCAGUAUGAUGCCAUGAUUCCAGAUGCUGAGUGUCUGAAGAUUGUCCAUGAAAUUCUCAGUGAGCUGGAUCUCGGAGACUUCUGUAUCAAGGUCAAUGACAGACGUAUUCUGGAUGGUAUGUUUGCUGUGUGUGGUGUUCCAGAUGACAAGUUUCGUAGCAUCUGUUCAACUGUGGAUAAACUGGACAAGAUGGCGUGGGAGGACGUAAAGAAGGAGAUGGUGAAUGAGAAGGGCUUGUCAGAGGAGGUUGCUGACCAGAUUGGGGAGUACGUCAGUAUGAAGGGUGGAAUGGACUUAGCAGAGCGCCUUCUUCAGGACCAGAAAAUGUCUCAGAGUAAAGAUGCCUGCGCUGGCCUCUCCGACAUCAAGCUGCUCUUCAGCUACCUGCAACUCUUCCAGGUCACAGACAAGGUGGUAUUUGACCUCAGUCUGGCCCGUGGACUGGAUUAUUAUACAGGAAUUAUCUACGAGGCAUUGCUAACUCAGGCAGGUGUGGCCGCAGUCUCCAAAGAAGCCCAAAGUGGGGCCCCUUCAGAGGAGAGUGUCAGUGUAGGCAGCGUGGCUGGAGGGGGUCGCUACGAUGGCCUUGUCGGCAUGUUCGACCCUAAGGGCAGGAAAGUGCCGUGUGUGGGCGUGAGCAUCGGGAUCGAGAGGAUCUUCUCCAUCAUGGAGCAGAAGGCUGAGGCGUCAGCAGUGAAGAUUCGUACCACAGAGGUUCAGGUGAUGGUCGCAUCUGCUCAGAAGAACCUGCUGGAGGAGAGACUCAAACUCAUCACCGAGCUCUGGAAUGCUGGCAUUAAGGCAGAGGUUAUGUACAAGAAGAACCCCAAACUGCUGAGUCAGCUGCAGCACUGUGAGGAGUCGGGCAUCCCCCUGGUGGCCAUACUGGGAGAACAGGAGCUUAAAGAUGGAGUGAUCAAACUACGCAUUGUGGCCACCAGAGAGGAGUUGGAUAUUUCCAGAGCAGAUCUUAUUGGCGAGAUCAAGAAGAGGACGUCUGAGGCCUAAAUAUUGCUUUAUUCAACAGCAUCUGAACUUCUACAACAUCUGAUGGGUGUCAACACAGACGCUCUGCAGAAUCACUUUUUGUCUAGUCCUUUACAGAGCAUGUUGGACAUCAGUACUGUUAAACGUAAUAAACACGACAUUUAUUUCCUUUUACCGUAUAUUCCUUUUCACACUUCAACUGCUAUACAUGGACACUGCUAUUACAUUACCGCCCAGGAACAACUGUCACACCCAAGCGCGACCCGCGUAGUACAUGGUAGAGGGGAAAUACAUGUUAACAAGUGCAGCUCUGAGAACAAGCAUCCACUCAUUUUCACAGCAGCCACUUCAAUGGGUGUGACAUGGAGCAGGUGGUGCUUCUGUUACACGCUGUAACAGAGCAUGAAGCCAAAAGCAGUGAAGCUGUCUUAGAUGAUGUGCCUCUUAAAAAACUGUCUUGAGAGAACAUCCAAUAAAAUAUGAUAAACCUAUUGUAAAAUGUAAUGGGUCUGAAAGACAUUUAUAUGUAAUGGGUCUGAAAUACAUUUAUUCACUUUGUGUCAUCAUUGUACAAUUGUAUUCCAUCUGCUCAGGAUUCUGUCUGACACAUGUAAUGGGUUCAGGUAGUUAGUAAAUAAGAUGCUGCAGUUCAACUUCAACUCUUAACAAAAACACUUCACUUUAUAUGUAUCAAACAUGCUCCUUCUGUCCAGUGUCUGAAAUAAACACAUUAAUCA